CUCUCCUCCUCGCUCUCCGCAGUGACUCGCGCGCGCUCCCAUCAUCACCGCUACACUGGUCUGGAUGAGCAGUGCAGCAACAUGGCUGUGAAUCUCAGCAAGAACAGACUGGCCCUCUUAACAGCCUACCAGGACGUGAUCAACGAGACGUCUUCAACUGACUGGGCAGUAUACACAUACGAAGAUGACAGUAAUGACCUAAUCCUGUCUGCUUCAGGAGAUGGCGGCCUGGCAGAGAUGGCCGUCACCUUCGAUAUAACCCGGAUCAUGUACGGUUUCUGCAGCAUAAAAGAGCCCGCAGUGACCCUGCCACGCUACGUCCUCAUCAACUGGGUUGGUGAAGAUGUGCCUGACGCCAGGAAGUGCGCCUGCGCCAGCCACGUCGCCACCAUAGCAGAGUUUUUCCAGGUGGGUCUCGAAAAGGGCGUUGACGUCAUCAUCAAUGCCAGCAGCCUGGACGACAUCGACCCCUCAGCCAUUGGACAGAGACUCACGAAUGGGACGGUUCCAGUGGCCAGCCCGGUUCUCAGCCGUCUGCGAAUGAAAGACGAGGAGAACGCGGAGAACGUUGGCACCACCUACCAGAAAACGAAUGCGGAGAUCGAGAUGAAGAAAAUCAAUCGAGAGGAGUUCUGGGAACAAGCCAGGCGAGAUGAGGAGAAGAGAAAGGAGGAGGAGAGGAGGAAGGCUACCGAGGAACAGCAACGCUUUGAAACAGAGAGAAUGGAGCUGGAGAAGAAAGAGCAGGAGGAACGUGAGAAAAAAUAUCGCGAGAGGGAGAAGCAGAUCGAGGAACACAGGAAGAAGAUGAUUGAGGAAGAAGAGGUCAAAGAGAGGUCCAGAAAUCAACCAUUGAUUACAGAAGCCAGCUAUGAUGAUCCAUCCCUAGAGAAGAAAGAAUCGGAGGUUGAGGAAGCGGCAGCCAUCAUCGCCCAGAGACCCGACAACCCUCGGGAGUUCUUUAAGCAGAGAGAGAGAGUGCUGGCCAACAGCGUGGACGUCUCACCCGUCACCACCCACAGGACCGCGGCCCCGUCUCCAUCACCGGGCCGCUUGGACAGUCCGUUCUUGAGGCAGCAGCACAGUCCAUCCGAUUGCAGCCCGUCCCCCUCUCGCACCCCGCCCCAUACGCGGCGGCAGCCAGGUUCACCUGAUGACUCUACUGAAGGAAUUUUGGAGCGCAGCAUGACAACCGGAUGCAGUCCGAUUCCCAAAAUCUCCAUUCAGGAGGAAAAGGAUGACUUUUUCCGAAAGGACUUUGCCUUUGAAUCUCCAAAGCAAACCCCAACGCAGGAGUCAGAAAUCAUCAAGACCCCUGAAAGCAUCCCGCCCCAGGUCAACACAGACGACAGCCUGCUAGACCUGUGGGACAGCGGUCCAGCACCUGCUACUGCUCCUUCUCAGGCCGCCCACAUCAUGGACCUGAUGGAGGACACCCCAGAGCCUCAUCUCGCCGGCUCCUCCCCCAGCCUCCCGCAGCCGCUCAUGAGCUUCGACGAGGUACCUGAUGCCCCCUACUGCACCACCACAGAAGACGAUCCCUCCAGUCUGGUGGAUGUGGCCGGACCGGACCAGAUGACCCUGAGUUACCAGCAGGCUCUCCAGCAUGCGUCUGGGUCUGACAGUCAAGAGAUGGAUGACGGACAGCUGCUGUUGACCAAUGGAGACUCGCUGCUCAAAGAAGGGACCCAGGCAAGUGAAGGCUAUUUCAGCCAAUCACAGGAGGAGGAUUUCGCCCAGUCAGAUGACUGCACUGCAAAAGUGAAUCCAACACCAGUUUUUUACAACAAACCACCAGAAAUCGACAUCACAUGCUGGGAUACAGACCCCGUGAUGGAAGAUGACGAUUAGGAGCGACGCAGUGAAGAAACCUUACAGAAUGACAAACAUUACAGAAGUCUUGCAUCAAAAAUGUUUUAGCAAAAAAAAAAACGUUAGCCACCGAAGAAAAGGCCUCGGGUUAUUGUUAAAGAUGCCGGUGGGUAUGAGCACUCUCGGUUUGCGUGUGUGUGCGUGAAUGUGUUUCUUAUUUAUUUGGUUUCUAUUUUGUUGCUAUGCCGAGUAUAGCACAGUGUGUAUCUAGCGCUCACCUGUGACCUAUCGACUCCCUGUGCCUAACAGGUGUGUGUAGUAGCAGAUUUGGUUAUAUAUCACGUCUCUUUAAAUCAAGUUCCCUCAAGUUUACAGCUUCAUGGUUGUGAUCUUGGUUGAACUUCUCACCAAUGUUAAAUGUUCAGGCAGGUGCUUUGUUGAAUCACGCAACGUGUAUGAGUGCUACGCCUAGACUCGGUUGGUCAGGGCCGGUUUAACCUUCUUAUUUAAGUCAAAAGGCAUGUCAGAACUAGAUUUUAGCUUUAGUCGAGUGCCACUCAGUUUUAGGAAAAACAAAAAAAUGACGGGGUUUAUGUGAUUACGAAACAAUUUUGUGUUGUGCCAAUUAUUUUCAGUUUGUUGACGUUGUUGGUGUAAGCCAUUUAGGACUUUAGCCAGAUGGCAUAUGUAUAUUUUGACUACAUAUGAGAACAUUGUGUAUAAACAAUGGCAUUCAGAUUUUUGUCUUUUUUUUGGAACAACUGCAAUAGAUUUUGCUUUGAUUUGUUAUCAAACGUAGGCAAUAACAGUCGUACGUGACUAAGUUGGAACUUUUUUUGUUAUAUCGACCGGUGUGCAUAUGAUGUAAGCGCGUGUAGUUUAACAAAAACAGGCCGCUGGAAGAGUUUUUCGGGAUGGUUAGGCCAAAAAUAUACUCAACGCAAGUACAAAACGAAACGCCUGCCAUUGCAAGUUUGUACUACCUACUUAACAUUCAUUUUAAAGGAACCGUUGUCAUAAUGCAACCUUCAAAAUUUUAGCCAUUAAAACAUAGAUAUUACUCAGGUAGCUAGCUAAAAACAUACUAAACUUGCAUACCUAGAUUGUUUAUGUGGAUGCCUGCUAUAGCGUCCCUAGUGGCAGUACGGAGAAUGCAAUGCCUAUUUUGUGUUACAAAUUGCGUUUAUAUCAGCAUGCAGCGACUAGUGAAAUAAAGCUUGUGUGCUAAGAAGCGUUUGCAUUUGCGUAUUUGCGUAGAGUAUGUUACAGGCCUUAGUUUACUUGAGACUUAGACUUUUAAACAUGGUUUUAAAUGAACUUCGUGAUCCAACAUGAGGAAUUGUUUAUUGUUAGUUAAUGUUAGCUAAUUAACUAAUGUCAACAAAUACAACUUUAUGUAAAGUGUUACCGAAAUCACUUAUCACACAUUCUAAGCCACUGUAACCCCAUCGUGUAAAUUGAGUAUUAUUAAUAUGAACAUGAACAAUACUUUUUAUUGUUUUAUUUUGAGUCACCGUUGAAUUACUCAUGCUUAUUCUGGGACAUCAGACUGAUGUGACCAGCAUGUUGUUGAUGUGCCUCCAAUUAUUGUAAAACUUCCAAAUGAGAUCUGUAAGUUUAUAAGUUGUGUCUCUUACUAUGGUAAACACGUUUUACUCAAAGAUAAUAGCAGGGACACAACCCAUGGUGGUCUAGGGGUCUGUAUGUUUCAAGGGCAUAUCUCUCAAACUCCAUGACCUGUCAACUUUGUUUUACUGGCCCACUGUCCUAGCCUCGACUGUCCUUCGUCUUCCUUAGUAUGAUCAUUUUGAAGGCCACGUCCUUGUUCAACCUUAUUAUUACAACUUGUGACAAUGACUGUAUUGCAAAAAAAGUGAAAGAAGCGAGCAAUAAGACUAAACCAAUGUAGUAUUGUUGUGUAAAUAGCUCUACUUGUGUGUGUUGAUUUUGUGCUCAUGUAAACUGUACUACAGACACUAACUUGUAUGGAUUCACAGCCCAACGGUCAACAGUUGGUAUGCGUUUGGACUGGGUUUCUUUGGUGAGACCAAAGAAGAGAUCGCUCAGUAUGAAAGCUGGUGAUGUUUUUUGGUGGGAGGUGACCUGCAUCUUUAACAGUAACUUUGCCCCUUUUGAAAUGACUUCAGUGUAACUUGUUCACCCUCCAACCUCCUCAGUAGUGAUUAUUAUUCUCUUUCGCCCUCAAACUACUAGGAGAUUACUACAAUAAUACUACUACUACUACUAUUACCAUUAAUAUUACUGUUCUACUACAAACAUGUCUUCUCUGCCCCUGAAGCAAGGCUUAGCAACUCCUGAAAGUUCUCUCUCUCUGUUUUUUUUUUUAUAAUAUUUUUUCUCUCUUCCCUUUUCCGUCCGCUUCUCACACGCUGUUUUUGAAACAAGCACAAGAAUUUUGUGACAUGCCAUGUGCUUAUGUAUGUUAAUAAAAGACUUUAAAAUCCUUCUAAAAA